AUCCUGUACUGUCGGCAUGCAAUGCCAAACGGCGCGGUGCAUUGUUCGUUCGAAGGCGUUAAUUCUAGAAAACCUUUCGGGCGGCAUCAUCCUUCCGGACGGAAUUGUGAAUCAAAAUUACGCAUUCGCAAAUGACUUCGGAUUCUUAGAAUUUUUCUGUGGAGAAAAAUAUUAUCAAACAGACAAAGAUGGCUUCCUCCAUCGCCAUUGUGAAAGUGCCUAACAUGAACUGUGAGCUCUGUCGUAGAACAAUUGAAAUUGAACUUUCCAAGAUUCCAGGGGUUAAAGUUGUCAAGAGUUCAUUGCCAGCCAGGGUCAUCAGAGUCACCUAUGACGACCAAUUGAUUGGUCAUGAUGUCAUCACUGAUGCCAUUGAUGAGCUGGGUUAUAUAGUCGGCAAAGUUGAGUCUUUUGCCAGUCCAGUUUCAACCAAUGUUCGAUCAAGGAAUGAGAUUGCUCCUGCUUCACCUGUGUCUGAAAAACCCGAUGAUAAAAUUUCUGCUGUAGCCAACUUUCAAACAGAAUUCAAGGAGAAUGAAGUAGAAGCACCUACAUGUGACACAUUUAAUUUGAUUAUCAAGGUUGAAGGAAAGGUCAUAAGGGGAAAUCAGUUGCCAGCUUGCAUCUUGGAGAAGGUUCGCGAGUGUCCUGGGAUCAUGAAUGCAACAGUCAACCAAGAGGGCACCCUAACAGUGGUCCAUGAUCCGGGAAGAAAGAGCAUGAAGAAAUAUGUGAUGGAUCUCAUUGCCAAGCUGGGCUAUGGGUCAGAAGGAAGCAUAGCUGGCAUGUCUAGACAGAGCAGAAGAAAACAUGAGAAAGGAACGACUGAGGAACUGCAGAAUUUGCUUGUGUUUGGAAAACAGACAAAAAGGCUCUGUUUCUUCUUUCUGUUUCCUGAUUGACAAUGCGUAUGUUCGGCGGAAAUUCCAGGAUUUUAUGAAGACGACUCAAAAAGGAGGGAAAAAAAUCACUGACGCAAACUCAAAAGCAAAUACUGCUCCACCAAUAAUCCCAUAGGUAAAACAAGCAAUAAGGGUAAUUAUUUAAAAUGGAAUGGGGGAGGGGGAAAGGAUUGUCAGAAAAAGUCAGGGCAUAAUUACAAUUU